AUGUCAGGGUCUUACGGAUCCGACGACUACCGCGGCGGCGGCGGCGGCGGCGGAUACGGUGGCCGAGGUGGCGGCGGCGGCGGCGGCCGUGGGCGCGGAGGCGGUGGAGAAGGGUAUGGAGGUGGCGGCGCGGGAGGAGGAUAUGGAGGUGGUGGUGGUGGUGGAGGCUACGGCGGUGGCGGUGGCGGCGGCCGAGGCGGUGGCGGCACCGGGUUCGGUGGCGGAGGACGAGGUGGCGGUGGUGGUGGAGGUGGCCGAGGCGGUGGCGGGCGCGGGGGUGGACGCGAAGGCGACUGGGUUUGCCCUGACGCAAGUUGUGGCAAUGUGAACUUCGCGAGGAGGACUGAAUGCAAUAAGUGUGGAGCACCAUGCCCAAGUGGAGGUGGCGGCAGUGGGGGUGGGGGCUAUAAUAAGUCUGGUGGAGGUGGUGGGGGCUACAACAACCGUGGCAGUGGUGAUUAUGGUUCUGGAGGAGGAGGUGGUUUCGACAGAGAUGGCGGAGACUACAAUUCUGGUGGGCGUGGUGGUGGAGGUGGGGGCAGAGGAGGAUACAAUCGAAGUGGUGGUAGUGACCGUGGUUUUGAUGACCACCGUGGUGGCAGAGGUGGCACCUAUGGGGGACGAGAUCAGGAGAACAAAAGGGGUAGUGAGGGUGGCUACAAUGCCGUUGGCUAUGGACAAGCUCCUCCGCAAGGUCCUCCUUCCUAUGGUGGUCCUGUGGGUGACUAUGCAGCGCCUCCUAGCUCCUAUGGAGGCAACAAUGCUUAUGGUUCAGAUUCUGCAGUGCCGCCUCCUAAUAGUUACAGUGGUGGCCCGGGCUCAUACCCACCAAGCUAUGGUGCCCCGCCUCCACACCAAUAUGGUGGUGCCCCAGGGGGGCAAGGGGGUCUGCCUCCUACAUAUGAUGGUGGAUAUGGUGGUCGGUCCAUGCCUGGGGGUGGAGGAUCUGGGGGUGCACCGCCACCUUAUCAUGGCAGCGGUGGCGGCGGCGGUUAUACUGGUAGUGCUGACCCUGAACCAGCUGGAAAAGUUAAGCAGUGUGAUGAAAAUUGUGACGAGACAUGUGACAAUGCAAGGAUUUACAUCUCAAAUUUGCCUCCUGAUGUCACUGUUGAGGAAUUACAGGAGCUAUUUGGAGGAAUCGGCCAGGUUGGAAGGAUCAAGCAAAAACGUGGUUACAAAGAUCAGUGGCCCUGGAACAUAAAAAUAUAUACUGAUGACUCUGGAAAAGCCAAAGGAGAUGCUUGCCUUGCUUAUGAAGAUCCUUCUGCUGCUCACUCAGCUGGUGGAUUUUACAAUAAUUAUGACAUGAGAGGCUACAAAAUCAGCGCCAGAUGGCUGAGAAAUCAGCACCCAGAGCAGUACCCUCUUAUGGGCAUGGUGGUGGCCGCGGUGGUGGUGGACGCAGGGAUAAUUACAGAGAUGGCGGGGGCCAUGGACCCAAUAGAAACCAGGGUGGUGGUUCGCGUUCACGGCCAUACUGAAAACAACUAA